UUACAGCUGAUGCCCUCAUAUUGGCAAGGCGGAAUUCAGGACAAUGGGAGUGACUAAUCUAUGGCAGAUCUUGGAGCCUGUGAAAGAACAUGUUCAUCUGAGCAGUCUCAGGGGAAAAACCCUUGCUGUUGAUUUAAGUCUAUGGGUGUGUGAGGCACAGACUGUUAAAAAGAUGAUUGGAGUAGUCACCAAGCCUCAUCUUAGGAAUCUAUUUUUUCGAAUCUCUUCUUUAACCUCAAUGGAGAUCAAAUUGGUGUUUGUGAUGGAGGGGGAUGCCCCAAAGCUGAAAGCAGAAACAAUGAGUAAGAGGAAUGAGCUCCGCUAUGGGUCUUCGAAAAAACCUAGGGCUGCAAAAACAGGGAGAUCCUAUUUUAAAUCAGUUUUAAAAGAGUGCCUUGAAAUGUUGGAGUGUUUAGGAUUACCUUGGGUUCAAGCAGCUGGUGAAGCGGAGGCGAUGUGCGCUUACCUGAAUGGAAAUGGAUAUGUGGAUGGCUGCAUUACCAAUGAUGGAGAUGCUUUCUUGUAUGGAGCUCGAACAGUUUAUAGGAAUUUCACCAUGAAUGCAAAGGACCCACAUGUUGACUGCUAUACAAUGUCCUCUAUUAAGGAGAAACUACGUUGUGACAGAGAGUCUCUGAUUGGGCUAGCAAUUCUUCUUGGUUGUGAUUAUCUUCCUAAGGGAGUGCCAGGAGUUGGAAAAGAACAAGCUUUAAAGUUAAUUGAGACUUUGCGAGGUCAAAGUUUACUGCAGAGGUUUGAUCAAUGGAAAGGACACCUUCAAUGUGGUAAUGCAUCUGUUCUAACAGUUAACAAGAUGACUCAUUGUUCUGUGUGCCAUCAUCCAGGUUCUUGUAAGGACCAUGAGCUCAGUGGAUGUAAACUGUGUGGAAGUGUUAUGUACUGUGAACCACAUGACUACCAAUACUGCUGCCCUUGUGAGUGGCAUUGUUCAGAGCGAGUGAAACAGACAAAUGCAGUGGAGGACAAUAUCAGAAAAAAAGCUAGAGGUUGUGAGGGCUUUCCAUUUUCUGAGGUUAUCGAAGAAUUUCUUGUAAACAAAAACAAACUGGUCAGGAUAAUGGAGUGCCAGAGGCCAAAUUUAUUGUCCUUUCAGAGACUUGCUUUUGAGAAGAUGGAAUGGACCAAACACUAUGCUUGCAAGAAACUGUUGUCACUGUUGACACGCUAUGACAUGAUCAAAAGAAAGUCUGGUCAGACAGAUACAGAGCAACUGCAGGCAAUACGGAUAGUCAGGACACGUGUUAAAAAUGGAAUUCCUUGUUUUGAAAUUGAAUGGCAAAAACCAGAGCAUUAUGUUACACCAGAUGAUCAGCCCACAGAGUCCUUUGUGGUUACAGUAGAGGAAGAAGCUUUGUUUCAGGCUGCCUAUCCUGACAUUGUUGGCUUCUAUAAAGUGGAAAAGUUGGAAGUUUUGGAAAGGAAACAGAGAAGUAAGAAAAAUAAACCAAAAGAGAGAGAACGCUCAAAUAUCGAUUGUAAAGUUGCUGAUCUUCUGUCUCUGAUGAAUUUGCAGUCUACAUGUGAAAGCUUUCCUGAGCAGGAUUCCAAGUCAGAUUUUAAAACUCUUCCUGAUAAUCAAAUGCAGGAGAAAAGUAUCUCCAAAUCUAAUGAUUCCCUUUUAGCUGCAGAUUUUUCCACUGUAAUCGUUCAGUUACAAAACCCAGUAUCUACCCUUCCUCUAACUGCUUCACCCAACACUCAAUAUCAGAGUGCUUUAGAUAACUCUUUUACUUCACCAGCACAGUUUACUCAACUCCCUGAGGCAUCAUCCUCUUAUGUUUCCUCUAUGAUAGCUGAUCUACAAUUGAGUGGCAUUGAUUGGGAAGGAACCUCGUUCAGCAUUUCACCAGCACAUGUUGAUUCUGCCUGUUGUUCAGUGUCUGAGCUUGGUGCAUCUAAUAAUUGUAUAAGCCAACCAUGUACACUUCAGCACAAAACAAGGGAAAACACAAAAUAUUCUGGUGCUACACAAUCUGAUGAAGAUUCUUGCAUCAGUGCAGAGUAUUUGGUUCCAACCCCUACUGAUCUGGUAGGACAGCUUCAGAAGUUGCCUUUAAGAGAACGAAUAUUUCUGAAGACGUCUGUGCAGAAAGAUACUGCACUGUCUCUAAACAUAGUGCAACCGAAACCUUUACAAUUGUUGAAACAAAUUAAAGAAACAUCAAUUCCUGAGACUAUUUCCACUUAUCCUUCAAUUCAAUUAAGUGACACCACAAAGGAAAUCAAAAUGUUAUCAGAAAAAUAUUUGAAGAUCUCUAGUGUACAAAAUUACCAGGAACAGUACAAAAAACCUGGCAACUUGGUACAAAUGGAGCAAAAACACCCCAAACAAAGCUGUUUGAAGUCUGUGGGUUUGAGCAGUCAAGCAACAGAGCCUUUGAACUCCGAAGGUGAAUCACUGAAGUUAGCAAAGGCCACAGAUAACUGUCACAUUAGAAAAUUCUGUACUCAAGCUACUUGGAAAACUUCCAUUAAAAAGAGUGUGUGCCAUGACAGACAUUCUUCUAGUGAGGACAGUGAUGAUGGGAAUAUGACGGAUAAAAAUCAGAUUUACAGAAUUAAACAGCGGAGACAACCGAAUCCAGCUCAGAUGAAGGAAAACACCACCAAGGAGAGAGGAAACAGAGGAUCAAAUCUUUCAACUAAAUGGAGAGAGAAAGAGGCAAAUUUAAAAAUAACUAGCACUAAUUUGUCAAUGGAAGUAUCUCCAAAACCUGCCUCGGUAGUGGAAGCUAACAGUUUCCCAAGCCCAAUACUGUCAUUUAAAAGAUUAGAUUCCUGUUCUUCUCUGCAGCAAAGCAAAAAUGAUGACUGUGAUGUAUGGGUAGAUAGUCCCCUGCCUCUGUCUGAAAGGCUCAAACUAAGACUCAAAAGCAAUUAGUACUUCAUUAAAAAUACAUUACGUUAAACAGUUAACUUGGUGUCUAAAACUCCUACAUAGUUCCUUUCCUCAUAUUCAUAGCAUUGGUGUAUGCAAGCUCAAGAGACACUGUACUGCUAAGUUGACAUAGUCAUAAUUAAUAGAAAGCAUUGUGAAGUCCUGCUUACUUGGUACUGAAGUUUGAAAUGUAAACGUUGUCAAAAUUGUGCAGUCCCUGGAGUACAACUGACAUGCCCUGAAAUCCGUUUGACUGUAUAGUGUUUUCUUGCCAUAAGCACCAUAGCCAUGGACAUAAUAUACAACAUUGCUAUUUUAUUCCAAAGGAGGUAAGGUUUAUGUAAUAAAGCAUUAGCCUUUUUGCUUGUAAAGGUAGACUCAUAAUAUAGUUACAAUGUGCUAUGCUGCUAUCAGGUGUUCUCAGCAAGACAAACUGAUACAGCUUUUGUGUAACUGAAAUUCCCCAUUGUGCUCCACUCUCUUGAUGGGGUGUUAACUUUAAAACAGGCUUACAAAUACUUGUUUACCAGUGGUAUUGAGCAUUUUUUAAAUAAAUGACCAGAUAAAUUCAGCAGUUGAGCUUGUCCAGUGUAGCUGAAUUUAUUUGUCUGACAUGUCCUAUAAUGAACUGCUAGAACAGACGCCUAGUCCAGAAAAGGAUUAAUAACCACUUGAAUCAGUGCCAGCUGAGUGGACUCAAAGUGAGUAUUUUAGGUGCAUUCUAGUUCUGCAAUUGCUAUCUCUACACUUUUAUUUAAAUGUAAUUGUAUUAAAUUAAUGUUUGUAGCUGGUGGCAUUUUUUUGCUACAGAACAAGAAGAAUGAAUUCUCUGCAAGUUUUGACUUGCCUUUAGGUAAUAGCAGAGAAGAGGUUAAAUUAUAGGAAACCUAAAAUUAAAUUUGCUAUUGCAACUUCAUUUACAAGCAUCACAUAUUUUAAAUCAUUGUUUGUAAAAGGAGCCUUGAAAUUAGACUUAAAACAAAAAAGCAACACAAUAGUUCCCACCCAUUAAUGCAGAGAUACAGUUCACUGGGACUACAUAUCCCAAACUGCAUACUAUUUCGCACAGAUCACCACUGAGUUCCCCAUUGGCUAUAGGUCAGGGGUUCUCAAACUGGGGGUGUUGACCCCUCAGGGAGUCAUGAGACAGUUAUGUGAGGGUCACGAGCUGUCAGCCCAUGGGUGGGCCUGGCAAUGGAUGGGGCUGAUAGGCCUCAGCCCCUGUUAAAUUAAAUUAUUAAAUUAACACACACA